AUGGGUGCAGACUCCGACAUCGUCCUCCCGGAGACGAGAAAUGCAAAGCCAUCAACUGUGGUGCCCACGAACAUCGAGAAGGAGCUAUUCUCUGUGAAAAAGUCGUCAAAAUCUCACACGAAUCAACCGUCCCACGCUACAGCCCUGCUUCAAGGCCUUCAAGCAGUUGGCAAUGGGCUUGAAAGCAUCGGGUCGUCGUUUGGAAAACAACCUGCCGACGGUGACAUGAGCAACAAGAUAUUGUUAGCAAUCGAAAAACAAACUGAGGCGAUGGCAAAGCAAUCCGAUCAAAUCACUGAGUUGCUCCAAUACAUCCUUCGCCGCGAAUCCAAUGUAGCUGAAUCUCAACAAUAA